AUGUCUCAAGUCACCGUUUCCAGUUCACACCGAGACGCAGAGAUCAACGAGGUACAGACAGGAAAUGCAACUUUAGAAGAAUCGAGUUCAGGCGCGGCGCCCCCGGAGGACACAGCCUCGUACCUGCAGGUGGUGGUGGAGAAGCGGCGUCGGCAGCGCGCGACGGCGUCGGUGGGCACGCAGACGCCGCGCCGCCCGGCCGCCUCCAGCCCGCGCCGCGCCUGCCACGGAGGGGAGCGGAACUCCCCUCGGACGGUACGGCCCUGCACUUGCGGCGAGGGCGCGGCUUGCGACGCCUCUCCGCAGCCGCCGCGGCGCUACGACACAGAGAAAAAAAGCAAGGGCUCUAUACUGGAAGAAAUUGAGGAUGAUAUAGAUAAUAAUGUCAUAGAUGACGGUCCGGCGCGCGUGUGUGUGUACCGCGUGUGCGGAGGCGAGUGCGCGGCGGCGCGGGAGGGCGCGCGGGUGUCGGCAGUGGAGCGGGCGGCGCGGCGGGCGCGGCGAUCACUGGAGCCGGCGCUGGCGGAGCUGCUGGCGGCACCGCGCGUGCUGCUCGCGCUGCCCGUCGGCAUCCUGUUGCGACUUCACCGGUCACCGUUCACUUCCAGCCACUAGUUUAGUCCAAUAGCAAUAUCUCGCCAGAUUGCCUAUUCAACCCUAUUGAGAUGUGCUCCGUGCGGUGCACUUGAUGGACGCACGAGUGCUUGGCGCGGAACCCAAAUUGCUCGUCGAUCAGUAUUUUAUUGGACGCGACGAAAUUAUAGAGGCAUUUCCGACGGGGUCGUUCGUAUAGUUUGCCUAUCGCUGGGAGGAGACUGAUGGGGCGGUAACUCGCGGUUUCGUUCAUCAGUUUUCCCGGCUUAUGUAUACCGAUAACGUCUGCUUCUUUCCACGCCGCGGGAAAGAGACAGUUCGUCAUAGCAGCAUUUUAA